AUGAUGCCUCAACAGAGGAGUUUUAUUGAUGCUGUGAUGCGGCAUAACCCGCCAACAUAUUCUGGUUCCGUAGAGCCUGGAGUUCUUGAGUUCUGGGUUGAAAAGAUAGAAAAGAUAUUUCGUGUUGUUCAGGUUCCACCAGAUCAACGAGCCAAUAUCGGGGCUUAUUUCUUGGAAGGUCGAGCAAAUCGGUGGUGGUUAGGUGAGGAAGCUGCGGGAGUGGACCAAGUGGAUAUGACUUGGGAUGAGUUUAAAGCAAAAUUAAAAGCUAGUUUUAUACCGUCUCAUGUUCGAAAAGCAAAGAAGCAAGAGUUACUGGACUUGAAGCAGGGUUCGAUGUCAGUCGAGGACUAUUUUGUAAAGUUCAAUGAGUUGGAGAUGUAUGUUCCUGACUACUUUUCCUGUGAGCGAGAUAGAGUUGAUCAUUUUGUAGAUGGGUUGCAGCAGAGGAUUCAAGAAGCUUUAGCUGUGUUGGAUAUCAGUUCGUUGUAUGAGGCUUACGAGCAUGGUGCUCGAUUCUAUCAGAAGCAAGAAAUCAGGCAGAAGGGCAGUGAUAAAGAAAUGGGGUAUCAACAUCAGUUUUGA